AUGGCUUCUGUCAAUACCCGGGAUCACAAAAUCGAACAGCAACGUCAGUUAAUGGAACAAAAAAUGAAACAGAAACGACAGAAUUCUGGAAUGGUACAGGCUAACGACUUAAGAGUGAGUUCAGCUAAACGUCCCAUAUCUGGAAGCCGGUCUCGAGAACUUCAUGGCUAUGAUGGUCCGAUGCAAUUUCUUAUGUCACCAGUCAAUCCUGACCAAGUAAUCCCACUUCAAACAAACAGAAUUUCAACUUUUGAUGAAUUAGGUAAUCAGAUAGAAGUUUUGACGAUUGGCGAUACCGAAGACAGUGGUGAAGAAGAAGAGGAGAGUGUGCCUGUUUGUAGUAUGGGGCGAGAUAUAAGUACAGACGACGUGUGUGCAGAUGCGGCUGUUGCGCCUCUUCAGGGUCGUACCACGCGCCGCGAUGUCUCACCUAGCAGUCAGAACGCGGAAAUAGAAGGUUCAGUGGAAGGCUCAGUAGAAACGUUUGUUGUAACACCAGCUAAACAUGGGACCCUGUACAAAUGCCGUAUAGCGCGAGAUCGCAAGGGAAUGGAUCGUGGGCUGUAUCCAACAUACUUUUUGCACUUGGAAAAAGACUAUGGAAAGAAAGUAUUUUUGUUGGCUGGACGAAAACGCAAGAAAUCUGCUACAUCGAAUUAUCUAAUUUCAACCGACCCAACCGAAUUGACACGCCAGGCCGAUAGUUUUGCUGGCAAGCUGCGUUCAAACUUGCUCGGUACAGCUUUCACUGUAUAUGAUAAUGGGAAAGCCUGGAGGAAACACGACCAUGCACACACGAGACAAGAACUAGCUGCUGUUGUUUAUGAAACAAACGUGCUUGGCUUCAAAGGACCACGCAAAAUGACAGUUGUACUCCCAGGUAUGACGCCCGAUCGUCAACGGGUAACAAUUGCCCCACAAGAUGACAGCGAAACCCUUCUUGAACGACUGAAAACCCAGACCCUAGACGAUAUAGUUGUACUUCACAACAAAACACCAGUAUGGAACGACGAAACCCAGUCAUAUGUACUUAACUUCCAUGGCAGAGUAACCCAGGCAAGUGUUAAAAACUUUCAGAUUGUCCACGAUUCAGAACCAGAUUAUGUGGUGAUGCAGUUUGGUCGCAUAUCAGAGGAUGUCUUCACUAUGGACUUCAGAUAUCCAUUGUGCGCACUGCAAGCAUUUGGUAUUGCUCUAAGCUCAUUUGAUAGUAAAUUAGCUUGCGAAUAA